AUGCAUGGAGAAGGCUCAACCAAGCCCAGAGCACAGAAGGUUCCAGCAACUGUCACCAACCAGAGGGCAGGAUGGAAAAUGCCCCUUUUCCUCACCCUAUGCCUGCUGCAAGCUGCAAAUGCUUUGAAGGGCCCACGGCUGGUAUCUGGGGAGCCUGGUGGAGCUGUUACCAUCAAAUGCCAUUAUGCCUCUACUUCUGUCAACAAGUAUCAGAGGAAGUACUGGUGCCGCUUGGGUCCCCCAGAGUGGAUCUGCCACACCAUUGUAUCCACCAACCACUACACUAACCAUCGCUACCGUGGUCGUGUGGCUCUAGAAGACUUCCCACAGAGCAGCUUGUUUGUGGUGAGACUGUUUCAACUGUCCCUGACUGAUGAGGGGUAUUACCGCUGCGGCAUUGGAAAAAGAAAUGACAUGCUUUUCUUCAGUAUGAAUCUGACUGUCUCUGCAGGUCCUUUCAGCAUCAUUAGUGCAGCUGCUAGCAAGCUCACCACAAGAUCCUUGGCAACAGCAUCUCCAGUGGCCAAUAGAUGGACCCCAGGAACCACCCAAACCACAGAAGAGCAGGGGGCAGGAUGGGACAAAAUUAUUCCAACUCCAGGAACCCGCAAAACAAUAGCUUCAGCUAAGGGAAGACAACCCUUAGGAAUAACCAGGUCAGUAGCUCCAGGGAUAGGCAGCUGGGCAGAAGUUUCCAUUAGAGCAACAGUUCCCAGCCCAGAGAGUAGGGCUUCAAAACUUACAGUCAUAUCAAAUAUAGUAGAAGACGUUUUGGUGUGGAGCACCAGAAGCUCAGUAGCAAACAGGGCUAGGGUAAGUGAUGACGGGAGGAAGGUGACCACUUCCAAGGUUGAUGGACCCACAGAGGAAACAAGGAGGGUCAUGAUAGCCCCAGAUGCAACCUGGGAGGUCAGAGGAACCAUCAGGCCAUCAACCCUGACCUCAGAAAAAUGGGCCUGGGAAAAUCUCCAAGAUGCAGCAUCAAUUUCUAAGCAACCAGCUCCGGGUUCCAAUGAAGAAACAACCCGAGGUGCAGGUGUGUGGACUUUGGGAACUACCAGCAUAGAGAUGGCAACUGUGGAGGGAAGCACUAAAGGACAACUGGUGUCUACUGCUGGAGACAGUGGUCCCCAAGCAGUGCCGAGCAAGGUGGUAGCAGCAGGGCCCCUGAGACCUCGUGGCAAGGGGUCCUCCAUGAAGAGUUCUUUUCCAGAAAAAAAAAGUGUCUCCUGGAUCCUGACUCCAGUCUCCACAGUGCUGCCCUUGGUUAUACUUCUAGCUCUUGUUGUAUUGGAAAGGAAGCUCUGGAGAAAGAACUCUCAGGAGGCAGAAAGGACACCACAGGUCACCCUGAUCCAGAUGACACGUUUCCUGGAGUCGAGUCUCUCACCUGACCAGCUGCCCCACAUGGAAAGAAAGAUGUGGCUGGAUGGCUCUCCUCCUACCCAUGCCAAUCUGGUCAUCCCAGCGAGGGAUCCCAGGCCCUGA